GGGAAAAUAAUCAAAUAUCUUCUCAGCGUAAAGAGAAAAAUUUGGGGAAAAACUGGGAAACCCUUGAUUGUAAGGUGUUUUAUCAGCUUCAGCUAUCGAUCAAGCGAGAUAAUGUUGACUGAAUUGUUCAGUGGAAGCGGAGUGCAUUUUGGGGGUUGUCCUUGGCCAGCUCCGGUCGACGAAGUAGAUCCCGAUGUUGUCUUCCAUUUUGGGGAUGGAAGCAAAAUCGAGGCUGAAGAACAGGUGUCACAACCUGUGUGGUGGAAAUUGACUUGCCUCGAUAAAUUACCGGCGCCGGCGGAUUUAAAAUCGUGCAUAUUUGUUCCGCGAUCUGUGGCAGAAUCCCUACCUGAUUCCUUGAAGGCCGAGAUGAGUGACGGCACCUAUGCACUUGAGUUCCUUAUUGAUUUCAAGGAAAAGGCGGAGAUCAAGAGUGGAAAUGAAAAUGAAUUUCCUUUUGGAACUGCACCCCUGGACUGUUGUGUCGACCCAGAUUCUGAGGUUAUCCUUCCUUGGGAGGUUGACGGAAGCUCAUUUACGUUUGAGGAGCCCCAAGCCUCAACCGAGUAUACUCCUCUAAUUGUAGAACCUGAGGUGAAAAAGGUGUUUUCCGACUUCAGUACUGGAUUUAAUAUGCCCCCCCGGCCACGCGAAAUUUUAUCCCGCCAUCAACAUAGCUAUCUCAACAACAAAAACAAGUUCUCAAGUAGAACAUUCUUAUUUUUUGAUGACAAGGACUCUCCAGGUUUCUACCCUCAGAUAGAAAAGGGAACCACUACUUUCGGUUUUAUUCUCAGAGAUUGGGUUUUUGUAGCUGCGGAUUGUUCAUUGAGUUCCUCUUACCCGAAGCUUGUUGCACUUCCUUCUCACAUGGUUGCCGCUAUUUCUGGAGGCAGAGAAUGUUUGCUUGAAAAAUUGCGCAGGAAGUGUGAAAGAAAAAUCAAAGAAGGGGGCACAGUCACUGUUGAAGAGGCAUCGAAAUGGAUGGCUGACAUUGUGGCUCCUCUCAAAAUUCCAGUUGCAGUAUUGAUUGCAGGGUGGGACGAAACGUUACAUUGCCCUCUCCUGUAUCACGUGAACUGUUUUGGGGAAGUGGAGAACUGUGCGAAGAAACGGGACAAGAACAUAGUAGGUGCCACUGGAUCUGGUGCAGGAUCUUGCGUUGGUUAUUUCGAUGCCAAGUAUUUCGAUGCCACGUUUCGUGAAGACAUGUCUGAAACUGAAGCUGUAGAGCUGGCUAAAAACACAAUCUGCUAUGGUGCUUGUAAUGCUAUUGAAAGUGGUGAUUUCGCCCGUGGUAUGGUUGCGAUACUUACUCCUAUAGUUUCUAUGUAAAUGAGUCCAUGCAUCUUUUCUGUUGGCCUUCUCUUCCCUGAUUAGUGUCCUUUUCUUUUUGAAGUUUACCGUGUAGGGAGGAGCGAGUGUGAGGAGCGCGUCUCUCGUUAUGAUAUCGGAAAAUGGUACCAGGAAAACGAGAGUAUCUUUGUUCCAACUGACUAUGUGAGCGUCUCAUGUUAUACUCCGCACCACGCGUACUCACGCGCAGGAGGUCGCUUAUGAGGUCGCUUAUGGUUAUAAAAUUUGGCUAUGUUAUUACUUUCUUGUCCCAAAAUUAUUAUCGACUUUGAGAUUUCACUUUUAAUGUAAUCCCUUUUACCCUAUUAAAGCA